AUGAAGCCCAGACCAGUGGCCCGCACGAAGGCGUCUUGGCGCCGCCUGGAGUCCAGCCGAGGAUGGAGGCAGAAGCGUCGGCUUGGGCUUGGUGUCUUCGGCGUGCACUCCACUUUGGUUCUCGAGCCAGCGACCAUGCUGAAAGCGGCGCUGCGCCCCUGGGACACCCGAGUGCAGAUCUUCAUGCGAGAUUGCCCGCGGGGGAAUGCCGCCUGGUCCCACCAUUGCUCCUUGCAGUGCCAAGCGCUGGGCAGCUGCGAGCCCGGAUCGGAAGGCAGCAGCCGGCUGUGGGUGGACCUGGUGCACAUGUUCGAGGAAGCUAUUCACGAACGGUGGAGAUACUACCAGGUCGCCGAUUACCUCAGUGUCUUAGUGGAGAUGCAUCGGCUGGACCCGGAUCUGCGUGCAGCAGAGAUGUAUGUCUGCACAGCACCAUUGGUGUGCAGCUUGCUGCGCGCAGUUGUGGAGAAACCUCUGCUGGCAUAUCUGGGGAUGCAGCUGCACGUUAACGUGGACAGGCAGACAGACCAGCUGUGGCUGAUGCACUUUCAAGCCAUGGUCAGAGACCAGCAAAGCAACGUUUGGGCCGCCCACAACUUUGCGCUAAGAGAGCAGAUCCGGUAUGCCACUGGCAUGCAGCUCGAAGUGGUGCGACCAAGGGCUCUGUACGUGCAGAGAUCUUCCAAGCUGUAUGGCACCUCGCCGGGCAAAGAAUUCCGGCGCCAGGUGCUGUUUUUCCGCAGCAGCUACUUCCGUCUUUCACUGUUCCUUCCCGUCCUGGAGGCGCACGUUGAUGCAUGCGGGUCGCAGCUGCCUCUAGCACUUCGCGUGGUGCGAAGCGGCGACGAUUUUGUUCCGUUCAGACAGAUGGGCCGCUUCCGGGCGGCAGUGCUUUUCCCCUGGGACCCUGCUUUGAUGGCUUUCUACGAGCUCUACAGCUUAGGGCCGGCGCUGCUCCUCCCAAGGAGCGCUUGGAUCUACAAAAUCCAGCAUUUCAGUGGAUGGACCACAUUUCAGGAGCUCGGGGCUGUUGAGUUUCCGCACCUUCCGGAAGGACUCCGUGCCGAUCCGCGGCCCUUUUGGCGGCCAGAGACUUCGGUCCCGGAGACCGUGCUGCACUGGUAUGCCUACUCUGACUGCAGCCGCCUUCCGCAUCUCCUGCGCUUCGAGUCCUUCCCGGAACUGUUCCGGCUUCUCCUGGACUCCCAGCGCCUUCGCAGCGCGCGACGCGGGAUGCGGCACCACAACCGGCGGGCCCUCCAGUCCGGCCUCCGCUGGUAUCGGGAUGCCGCGCUGUGGCUUCUAGCUCACGCGGAAAAAACAAGAAUGCAGGUCUGCGAGGUGUGA